GUGUCUUUCUGAUCCCCUACCUGCUCAUCGCUGUGCUGGGUGGGGUCCCCAUUUUCUUCCUGGAGAUUUCGCUGGGGCAGUUCAUGAAAGCCGGGAGCAUCAACGUCUGGAACGUGGCACCCCUGUUCAAAGGUCAGCCCGGACUCCUGGGUUCUCUCCCGUUCCACCGGGGGCUUUGGGGCUCAAAGCUGCCCUGCCCCCCGCAGUUUGUGGGUGUGGAGGGUUUCAUUACAGGGAUCCUGGACUUGCUCCCGCCCAGCUGCUCGUUCCGGUUCCAGAGGGAGGUGACAGUCGCCCUGAGCUGCAUCCUCUGCUUCUUCAUCGACCUGUCCAUGGUCACCGAGGGGGGCAUGUACGUCUUCCAGCUCUUCGACUACUACUCGGCCAGCGGCACCACGCUGCUCUGGCAGGCGUUCUGGGAAUGUGUCGUGAUUGGCUGGGUGUACGGGGCCGAUCGGUUCAUGGACGACAUCGCCUGCAUGAUCGGCUACCGGCCCUUCCCCUGGAUGAAAUGGUGCUGGAUGGUUCUGACACCCCUCAUCUGCCUGGUAUGA